AUGGGGAACCAUCACCACCACCACCACAGGUCAGGACACUACACUGAUUACAAUAUUAGUGGUGCCAUCACCACCACCACCACAGCGCCACCAGCGUCUGGAGUGUGGACGGCGCUGGCUGAAGGAAAAGCUCCGGUGGUGCGGACGUUGCUCAACGAACUGUGCUCGGGCGUUCGGUCAAGUCUGCUAAACAGUCUGCAGCCUUGCGGGUUGACGCCGCUGUGUCUGGCGGUAGCCUGCGACCUGAAGGAGGCGCUGCCGGUGCUGCUGGAGAAAGGAGCCUGCGUUAGGACCUACAGUGAGGACGGGCUGGGGCCUCUGCACCUCGCUGCUCUACGAGGGGCGCCGCCCCUGGUGAACAGGCUCCUCAGUGCCGGAGCUUCCUGGACCGAUGGACUAGAGAGGGAUACGAUGACACCGCUGGAGUGCGCGAUGUUUUCAAGCCAUCAAGAGGUAACUGACAUGGCUGUUGCUCAGCUGCAGCACCUGCAGCAGCACCUGUCGCGGCGUCUGCUACAGCUGCUGCACGCUAGGCUGCUCUUUGCUGCUGUCCGAGCAGAUGUUAAGAACGAUCGUAGCUCAGAAGGAAAGGAAAGCAGGGUGGUGACACCAUCAGUGGUGACGCGGUUGGUGAAGCGUGGUGGCGUGGAUGUGAACCUCAGGAGUUCACCACACGGCAACACGGCGCUGCACCACGCACUCAUGUUGCGGUCCCAGGCUGUGGUACGUAACUUGAUCGAACUUAACGCCGACGACGAUAUCUGCAACACGCGCGGCUGCUCGCCGCAGCUAAUCGCACGUCUGGCAGGCAUCUCACUCGCUGCUGACAAGUGA